CUAAUUGUUCUAGUUAUUGGGAUAUCUACAAAUACAUUACUUUUAUUUAUUGAUAACAAUCUACUCAAUGCUCAAUUUAUUCGAUAUAAUCAAAUCAAAUCUUGAUGUUGAGUCGAACCAUCUUGAGGAUUUAAUAAAGACAAAUAAUGGUUUAAAUUUUGUGAAUUUAAAAGCAAACAUUUCUCGAGAAGAAGCGCAAGUAUACUUAACUUCACCGGAACUGAUUGCAUGUUUUCAAAAAAGUGCUAAAGAUUAUGAAAAAAUGAAGACGGAUCAUAGUGAAGCAAUUUGUAAUAGGCUGAUACCAUACAAAACAAAAGGUAUAAGAGAAAUAGAUCAAAUUAUUCGUUGGAAAUAUUAUGAUGUUGAAGAAUUGAACAUUAAAUUCUGUGAUUAUUCAAAGUAAAUGAAUUUGGAUUUGGGAAUGAUGACCCGGACCUCACUCAUGUUUCAUUUAUCUAUAUAUUGUAACAAUUAAUUUACUGUCAAAAUAACAAAUCACAAAUUUCUUCUUUCAUUAACAAUAUUAACC